CAUACUCCUUUUAUCUUUCCAAAAGACUUAAACUUUCACAAAAUAUCAAAUUCUAAUGACAGGAUCAGGUUCUCCAUGUGGUGCCUGCAAGUUCUUAAGAAGAAAAUGUGUGAAGGGUUGUGUGUUUGCACCUUAUUUCUGCCAUGAACAAGGUGCUACACAAUUUGCUGCUAUUCACAGGGUUUUUGGUGCAAGUAAUGUCUCAAAACUUCUUUCUCAUCUGCCCGUUUGUGAUCGAUCCGAAGCUGCGGCUACGAUAUCGUAUGAAGCUCAAGCUAGGCUUCAAGAUCCCAUUUAUGGCUGUGUUUCACAUAUCUUUGCACUACAACAACAGGUGGUCAGUUUACAAUCACAGUUAGUUUCUUUAAGAGAACAAGCAGCUCAAAGACAACUAAAUGUACCCAUAACUUCUGAUAAUAUUAAUCCCAACACUGCAAGACACCCUUCUUACCAACAAACUCAAGAACUCAAGAACUGGUUUCAACAAUCAGAGAACUCAUGGACAAAUAUGCCUCAGUAUAAUCCAAACUCAAUGAAUGAUGCCAUGAACUUCAAAUCUGUGGCAGAAAAUUACAAUAAUUCCCUUAUGAAAGACGAAGAUGGAUCGUUUUCGAGUUUUGAAGAAGGUUCAAGCUACUCAAUUGAAUCUUUGGACAUGCAAAUAAGCAGCAACCAGCAGCAAUGGGCUUAUAGAGACUAUGGUGAAGAUCUUCAAUCGGUUGCGUUUGGUUAUACUCAUAACUAGAUCACCAUGGGAUCAUACUUUCUAUGAAAGAUUAAUUGAUAUAUUAUUUCAACGAGUAAA